UCCAGCACCAAGAACAGAAUUUAUGUCCGAUAUUAUAUCUGAUAAGGUCUAUUAUUAUGGCGGAUUUGGAGCUAACGGCGCAAUGAAUGAUUUUUUUUAUAUUGACUUGACGCAGCCAUUUUAUAGUUUUUCACCUCCAUAUCAGUUCAUAAAAUAUUUAGAUUAUAGAGGUGGUGCUAGUGCCAACUCUGAUGCAAAUAAUAUAUAUCUUUUUGGUGGUUAUGGUAUUUCUUCCGACCCACCUCCUGGUGAACUUUAUAUAAUUCAAUCACUUUCAACGGAUCCAGUAAUAAAUUACAUUCAGGAUACGAAUUCGACACCGUCUUCGAGAAAAUGGCAUACUUCUGUGGUUGAUCAUAAGAAUAAGAAAAUACCUAUUAUCACUCAAAGUGACGGAGCUAUGUACAUAUAUGAUAUUGAACAAUCCGUCUGGACUUCAAAUCCCACUCCCAAUCAACCUAUAGGCCGUCAAUUUCAUACAGCAACUUUAUUGCCUGAUGGACGGAUAAUUAUGAUUGGUGGAGCCUUUAGUUCAGACGUAGGGCAGACAGCAACAAAGUACGGUUUUAUUCCUCCCAUUGGUUCUCAUUCAGCAACUUUAUUACCUGAUAAUCAGAAUAUUAUCAUAUAUGGGGGUAGUAAUCAAACUGAAUAUUCUGGUCUAGCAGUUCUGAAUUCUGUAAGCUAUGUGUGGACAGUUAUAUCUCCGAAUGGAAGUGCACCAUCUUUACUUUCAAGCGGUCACAAAGCUACACUCUAUUUUGAUGUUAUAAUUUUCGCAUUCGGUGAAUACUCUUUCAAUAACUCUCGUUAUCUUAUGGAUACCACAGUAAGAAUCCUCAAUAUAUCAAAUGGUCAGUAUAGAUGGGUUGAUUCAUUCACCCCUCCUCCAACCCCUCCUCCAACCCCUCUUCCAACCACUCUUCCAACUCAAAACAAAAGUACGAAUAUUCAGAAUCCCAAUGUACAAAUUUCAAACUCAAAUAUAAUUAUUAUUGUAUCUACGAUUGGUGGUACUAUAUGCAUCGGAAUAUUGGUAUUAAUUGGGUAUAUUAUUUAUAAGAAAAAUCGAUCAAGAGAAUUCAGAUAUGUAACGGAAAGUAGUAAUGAAAUUAGAUAUGUAACGGAAAGUAAUAAUGAAGUCAGAUAG